UGUGUUCUUUUCUGAUUUCUUCAUGUCUGAGUGUACGCCUCUGUGCCACAUAUUGCAAGCAAAUGUCGGCAAUUGUAUGUGAUAGCACCACAGCAUCAUUGACUCUCAUCAGCAGUUGUAACUCAAUUUGAUUUAGCAUUCAAUGGCAUUUAGUAAGUGGCAUUGGUAUCCAUGAUGCGCCUCAAAAUAGCUUUCCUGUUUUCUACGUUAUUCUCAUUUCCUCGGCGUCAUCACAAAAAUCUCUCGACCGCUCGGUUUCUUUCCCGACCACCCUGUGUCCGCUUGUGGUCUAGCGCGUCACCGAUGCUCCAAGAAACGCAAUUAACGAAGAUGAUGUCCUCUCCGCACCAUACUCUCCAUCCACCCUUUCACUACUGUGCUAAGGUAAAGACGAUCCCGUGGCUCGUUCCAGUAAUGUCCAUCGAGAUCAUUCCAUCCAAUUUUCAGAACAGAUGUACACAGCCCAGUCGUUGCCUGCGUCAAUGUUUGUCCGCGCAAACACUCGACGAGAUGCGGGAUGGAAUGCGGGUGUCAGAAGCGGCAAAUUCCCAAUAAGGCAUCGGGGACUUGGUUCCGGGGCGCGUCAAGCCU